AUGUCUUCAUUUGUGAAUCACCGAGAGGAUAGCACGGUGACCGUGGAAGAAACUUCAACAAAAGACAAUGUUACAUAUUACAAAAUAACAGUUAAAGUGGGUUCAGUGCGUUGGACCGUGUUGCAUCGGUAUAAUGACUUUGUAGAGCUGCAUGAGAAGUUAGUCUCGGACCAUGGGGUCGCUAAAGAGUUGCUCCCGCCGAAGAAAGUUAUUCGUAACAAAACACCAAAAUUUGUGGAGCAAAGACGCGAAGCUCUAAGCGAAUACUUGAAGAAUGUAUUUAAUUAUUUAAAACUGACGAUGCCGUCCGAGUUCGCUCACUUCCUAGACUUCCAUUUGUAUGAUAUAUUCUUUUUGCUACAAGAUUUAGCAAAGACAUUGUUUUUAGAAGGUGAUAAAAUGUUGGAGUAUGAGAAAUCACAUAAUUUUACUCCUUUAGAGUUGCAUGCUAUAAGUGAGCGGUUAAAAAUAGCCUGUCCUAUGACUGAGAAACAAGAUCAAAUGUAUGAUUUCAGUCACAUUUUGGAUUUCUGCUCACAACUAAGGUCUUUAAAUAUAGAGGGCAGUUAUGAGAAAUUGGGUACAAGCAAUAUUGUACCAAAUGACCUACAUUUUGACUUAAUUCCAUUCAAGUCUUUGUUGGAUUUGAAGAUUCUGGGAGUGCCUAUGGCUUGUAUACAGAGUGUUGGUGGCCUCCGAGACACUCUAGUUAGUUUGUCAGUGUCAACAGCCAGUGUCGUCUCCCUAAACGAGUUCCUGCUCGUUGAUAUCCUCCAUAAAGACCCCUCCAGCAUAGCGGACACUGUUAAAUGGAAGAAAUUAUCCAUAAUAAACUUCGCGAGCAACAACAUCGACAACGUGGACUGGGCCAUCAAAUUGGUCCCUAGGCUACAACACCUAAGUCUCAGUUCAAACAAACUAAAAGAACUAUGUGAUAUAUCCUGCCUUCACGAUUUGAGAGUCCUUAAUCUAUCCAUGAAUAGUUUCUCCAUCUGCGAGAAUUGGCACGCAAAAAUAGGCAAUAUAGUAAGAAUAGACCUGUCUCAAAAUAGGGUCGAAAGCCUGCAAGGAUUCUCGCGCCUUUAUUCAUUAGAAAGCCUCGAUUUAAGCUGCAAUAUCAUAACUGACGUUGAAGAAGUCCAGCAUAUAUGUAAGUUACCGUGUUUAGAGUAUCUGUGGUUAACCGCUAACCCAGUAGCGUCAUCUAUUGACUAUAGAGUGAAAGUACUGGAACAGUUUAACGCUCGUAUGACUGAGAUCUGCUUGGACAAUGAAAAGGCGUCUGAGAAAGAAUUGGAUACUGCAAGAGUGUUGCAAGCUUUAAGAGUCGUUAAAGAAGGUAAGACGCCAAGUUUUUUACAGAACAAUAACACUAGCCAUAGCUUUAAUAAAAGUUGA